AUGGAAUGGCUUAUGGGCAAAGCUCGAGGUGUUGGUCGUGGCUUGAUCAGUGGCUCGAAUUCAUCUUCUAGCGCUACCUCUAUUCCCGUUUCACCUUCAAAUCCUGAAUCUGUCUCAUCUCCACCUGAUCCUAAUCCCCCGUCUCCUCCUUAUUUGAAAUCCUCUUUUCUCAAGCAACAGCUCUCUUUAUCGGUGGCCGGUAAUAUUCCCGUCGAUUUUCCUCUUCUUGUUGAACCAGAACACCCACUGGAAGAGGAUGAAUGGAUUGCAGUUCACACGAUUGGCUUGGUUGAAAAUCUUUGUAGCAUAUUUGACCCCCUUUAUGACAUGUGUCUUUGUCGACCCACAGGGAGUCAUUCCCCAAAAUCAUCCUCUGGAUCUAAUGGACCUGUUUCUGUCGAAUUCCUUCUCUCACAGAGCAAAAAGCCCGUUCGACAAGUGAUCAGUCUACUACUUUCCGAAUGCAAUGAUGCAAUUCAAUCUGCUCGGAUAUUUCCGGUGAAACAAGGUGAAGCGUUUUCCCCCUCUGAUCUUAGAGAUGAGGCCUCAAAGAUUUGCCGCAAGCUACUUCUCUGUCUCGUCCAUAUUUACUCGGCUCAUGUUGUGCAUUUAGAACAGCUGGACUUGGUUGCUCAUUUGAAUACCAUAGCCAAGCACUUCUUUGCAUUUACGAUGAGGUUUAAGCUACUAAAUGAGGAUGGUGAGGAUAAUAAAGUUCUAGGGGCUCUUCAUGGACUGCAUAGGCAGUUACUAGAGACCCCAGCACCUAAUGUCAUCGUUGUGGCUGAAUCAAGCCGCCCCGUUAUGCCACAAUCAGUAGAUAUGACACCAAUUCUCAGUGAUGGAAAAGAAACGAAGUCCGAAUCGUCUCAGUUGGAAUCUGUUGAACCCUUAUCAAUUUCUUCGAUUUUGGACAAUUCCGCCUCCGCUGCAAUAGUUGUUCAAGAACGGCCUGCAAAAUAG